AUUGAUGCCUCAACUGUUAGUGGUACGUUGCUUCAAUGGAUUUCACGAUUUGGUGUUCCCAAGUUUAUUACCACUGAUAGAGGACGACAGUUUGAAUCUCGCAUCUUUGAUGAACUAACCAAGUAUCUCGGAGUUCAUCAUAUAGCAACAACAUCAUAUAAUCCUCAAGCCAAUGGGUUAGUGGAACGCUUUCAUCGUUAUUUGAAAGAUAGCUUAACAGCCGUCUCAAAUAGAAAUGAUUGGAUUUAUCGAUUACCUGUUGUUAUGCUUUCUAUCCGAUCUUCAGUUAAAGAAGAUCUUGGCUUUAGCUCUGCUCAAAUACUUUAUGGUCAAAAUCUAAUUCUACCGGGUGACUUGGCAACUGUUACUCCACUGGCUAAUGACCCGGUUGAAUACGUCAAUCAACUAAUCCGUGCUUUCGAUAAUCUCCAAGCUAUACCGACUCGUGCAAUUCAACCAACCAAAUGUACCAUUCCACCUGCUUUGUUGUCCUGCUCUCACGUGUACGUAUUAAAUGAAAACAACGGUCCCUUGCAAACUCGCUAUAAUGGUCCAUAUCGUGUAAUCGAACGUCAAAAUGAUGUUUUCAAAUUGGAGAUGUCUACCGGAUUGGAUACGGUUCAUAUUCGACGUUUGAAACCAGCCGUUAUUACCACCGAACCUACACGAGAAUAUUGGCCACGAAAUCGCGGUCGUCCCCGCAAAACUGGUGGUGAGGCGUGUAGUGAACAUGACUGAACUUACUCAUG